AUGCAAAUCGUAGGGAAGAUUCAAGAGAUUCUUUCAGGAUGCAAUGGCAAAGAGCUGCCAUGGAUCGAAACGCUCUCGGUGACUCAUGAGCAGCCGUGCAGAAACGAUUUUGAUUGCAACGAAACUCUGAAAAUAGAGGCACAUUUCAAAGAGAUCGCUUCUAGCUGCGUGAAAGGGGGACUGCAACAGCUGGCCGCAUUAGGUGUUGAUUUCAAUCGACCUACAGACUUCUACGCCGACAUGAUCAAGAGCGAUGUUCAGAUGGAGAGGGUGAUGAAAAAAAUAGCGAAACGCACGAAGAAAAUCCAGGAAAAGAGUAGCAAGCAGAAUGUUAAGGUCAAGAAGGGUUUUGAUAAGCAGGUGAAACAACGGCAGCGCAAGAACGAGUUCAUAAAAGACAUGGCUAAGCUAAUGAAAAAUCGCAACAGCAAUAUUUCCGUGGAGAAACAGAUGGACCACCUAAUGGAAAGCCACGCCGGAGUAGCCCGAAAAGGGAGAACACAUGCGGAGCUCCAGGAGUCGGCGAAAAGAUCUAUCAAAACGAACAAUAAAGCAUCUAAAGGUAGAAAAUAUAACAAAACCCAGUCGACGGUUGUCAAGAAUUCACAAGGCAAGGUGCUUCGACGCAAAAAGGACGAUAAGAACGCAAGAGGAAGACGUAAAAAAAAGUGA